UCUAGCUUCCAUGGAUGGGGCUAUCAUAAUACUGAAAUGACAACGAAAGAAUCGGGCCAUACUUCUGUCGACGAGUCCGGAUCCGAGGAUCUCGAUUCUGUUUUGCAUUGAAAGGAAAUCUGCAAAACGAUUUAGUGCGAAAAUCUCUCUCCAGUCGUGGUACAAAGGUGUCCUCGUUUCCUGCACAUAAAUUCUGCCUCUAGCUUUUGUGUCGCAUGUGCUCACAUUCUUGUUCGUUCUUGGGCGUGGUAGACGUAGAGUCAACGACGCACACGUUUGAGGAAUCGGCGAUUCUCAUUGUGCCUGCUCGCCCGUUCGCAAUCGUUCAUGGAACCGAUAGAUCGAUAGCUUCCGGCGUUUCCGUCCCGAUUUGCGCCUUCUCUUCUUUUCUUUCACAGUAGUCGUUCGUGGCCAUUCUCGCCGAUGGCCCGGUGGGCGCAUUUGGGGACCUUCUUCUUCGUGCAGGCCGUUGUGCCAAUUCUGCUUCUCUUUGCUCAGCGUGGUCUCUGUCGCGAGCUCAUCACAGAAGAGCCUCAAUUUCGACAAUCUUCGUGCAAUAGCACCGUUCAAGGGCGUCAUUUGCGCUCAGAUGACAGAGGGUAUGUUUGCAGCGUCAAGAAUAUCGACCCUCGGACGGGUUGCUGUGCUGACUCAACGAAACAAUAUUCUUGCUCGGGCUGUAACAUGGGAUCACAGUGCUGCACUGAUUAUGAGUACUGCGUCUCAUGCUGCCUUGAUCCUUUACGAACAUCAAGCGAGGUGGCCUUGAAGGCAAAGGUUGCUAAACAAUUGACGGCUGGUACAAGCUCUACUGUGUUUGAGUACUGUCUGGGUCGAUGUAGACAUAAUUCGCAAAGUGUGAUUCAUGAGAAUGCGUACGUUAGCGAUGAACAUCAUUGCUUCUUUCCCCAAGAGCAGUUUUCCGAUGAGGGGCCGGAACGAGAAGAUGCGGACUUUGGAGAUUUGACCAUCGUUAUAGCCAGGCAGGGCCAAUCAUGUGAUUCCGCAUGCAAAGAACGGCAAAAAGAAUGCAAAUUGAACACACUGCCGGCACUGAACAAGUGUAAUGUAUUGAAGAAAUAUCUCAACUGCAAAGAGGCCUGCAUAGGGACCACAGGUACAGAUCAGCCAUCAGAAGUUGUGAAGACUGCACCCAGGCACAUGCACCCUGGAUCAUGUAUGUUCAGUACGCAGAAAGUUCCGUUCUCUUGCCAAGGCUCGCAUCCCUACACUCGUCGUCUGUGCCCAUGUGGGUAGUGCAAGCGUUGUACCCGUCACUGAAGAGAUUCUGGCGGACGAAGAAGCAUGAAGCUCAUGAUGUCAUGCGGGAUUGCCAGACCCUAAUGUAUCAACUUCACGCUGACAGUGUUGACUAACUGAUCAAGAGCUCCAUUGCACUCUCAUAAGUACGCGUGCGCAAAGUCGUCAGAUUCUACUCCGCAGCUCACUCAUGUCAAGUUCAGGUCGAACCCCGUUGGCUGAGCUUCCUGGAGAACAGAAAGAACUGCAUUUGCCUGCGAACUCCGUUGUCCGUUCACUAAUUGCCCUGCCCGUGAAAGACAGCCCUUAACUGAACACCAGAUGUCACCAUUGUCGUAUGUAUGUAUUCAUUUUAGUGUAGCAAUUUUCUGAAACUAGAUUAGGUACCUUAUUUAUCGACCUAAACUGAACCCUAGAAUUACAUGUUGAUUUCUUCAGGAAGUCUUCCGGAUUUAGACUGGAGAGUAGCGCUUAGUGUGUACUUCUGCCAUGAAGGCGAAGUGAUGUAACCAUUUUUGAAAUCGAAGUGAGUCGCCUAUGGGCAAAGGCCCUUUUCUCAUCAUGAUUCACACGUCAAUCGAUACCAUUUUCAGAACCUACUUUGGCAUACUUUCGUUCAUGCCUUUGGCCGACCUUAAGCAGCUUCAAAGGACUUGUGCUCAAACUCGAGAGGAGCUUUGUUAGGGGUAAUUUUUUUGAAGUAUCUGAGGUUGCAGGGAUAGGUACUCGCGUGCUGUUGUUUAGCAGGGAAAGUUGCUGAUGUAAGGCAACAUGUCUCUUCUAGUAACUGAACUGAUGAGGAACAAGGAUAUGCCAUAUAUAACCUCGAUAUCUUUGCCAAAAUUGAGUAAAGAGUCGCCGGAACCAA